GUCAUUGUCAACGACCUUCUGCACUUUAAAGCGCUCUAGUUGUUUCUGGUCACGGCGAUGGUAAUAAAAACUAUGAAAAAGGGGAAGAAAAAAGUAUCCCAUCAGGGUGACCCAGUUAUAAAAAAUGAGAUACAUAAGAUCAAAGAGAAGCUCACUAGCAGGCAGAAAAAAAGAAUUAAGAAAAGGAUUUUGGAUUCCGAUAGCAAAUUAGAAACUAAGACUCUUUUUAAGGUAUGUUUUAGUAUAGGCUAUUACAGCUAGACUGACGAAAAUAAUACCACUGAGCCAGAUACACUUGAUGACUUCCCUAUGGAAAAUGACGGUAGUGAACUAAUGGGUGAUGACUUUGGUCAUCUCUCAGACUUGGAGGAUGAAGAAUUAAAGACGACUGUGGAUGUUGAAGAACCUGUUGAUGACGAGGAAGAUGUUGUUACUAAUCUCCUCACUGGUGAUGAAAAUGUUAAAGUUACUCUAGACUCCAGCACGUUGGAUCAGCGCAUUCGUAACUGGCUUCAUAUCCUUGCCGAUUUUAAAAAUAGAGCGCCAGACGACCUCAAAAGGAGUAUGUGUGUCAGAACGCUUCUGGGCGACCUGUGUUCUCGUUAUUCUUACAAUCACUUUCUCAUGGUCAAACUCUUUGAUCUAUUCCCUAAGGAGAUUGUAGAGUUUGUUGAAGCAAACGAAGUCGACCGUCCAGUAACAAUUCGUACAAACACUUUGAAAACUCGGCGACGGGAGCUAGCUCAGGCUUUGAUAAAUCGAGGUGUAAAUCUUGAUCCUUUAGAGCCGUGGAGCAAAGUUGGGCUCGUUGUUUACUCAUCCCAGGUCCCGUUAGGUGCGACACCAGAGUACCUUGCUGGUCACUACAUACUGCAAGGUGCCAGUUCUAUGCUUCCUGUAAUGGCAUUGUGUCCACAGCCAGGUGAGCGUGUAUUGGACUUGUGUGCGGCACCCGGUGGUAAAACAACAUACAUAGCACAAUUGAUGAAAAAUACUGGGACUAUCUUCGCCAACGAAAUCAAUCCUGCCAGAGCCCAAGCUUUAAUCGGAAAUUGUCAUCGUAUGGGUAUUACAAAUACCAUCAUAUGUACAGAAGAUGGGCGAGGAUUUCCAAAGAUAAUGUCAAAUUUUGACCGAGUACUCGUUGAUGCACCCUGUUCUGGGACGGGAAUUAUUGCCAAAGACCCGUCAGUAAAAACCAGUAAGAACAAUGAAGAUAUACAGAAAUGCGUAAAGCUGCAAAAAGAAUUACUCACAGCGGCUAUUGAUGCUUGCAAAGUCGGAGGUUACAUUGUAUAUUCCACCUGUUCCAUUUUGGUAGAGGAAAAUGAAAAUGUGGUCAAUUUCGCAGUGAGACGGCGGAAAGUACGUCUAGAGGAAACAAAACUGUUCGGUGAAAAAGGCUUCACAGCAUUCAAAGGUUAUCAAUUUCAUCCAAAUAUGACCCGCGCUCGACGCUUUUAUCCACAUAAACACAACGUGGAUGGUUUCUUCGUGGCUAAAUUGAAAAAACUGGCAGCACGGUCCCCGGUAAAAACGGAAGAAAAUGGUGAAUCGUCAAAUGCAACUAAGAAUGGUUAAUAUUUGUGAAUACAAAAAUUCAG